AAAGAAAAAAAAGAAAUCGGACUCAACUCGCUAACGGGAUCUGGUGCUAUAGAUGAGCUGAAAGCGGUAUAUCGCUGUAAUGCUGUCCCGUUGACCCAGCCGUGCGCGUCGUUCCCAAACACUUACCACAGCGAAGGUGUGGACCAGUGUGUGUGUGAGACAUGUCAGAUAAGAUGUCCAGUUUUCUGCACAUCGGGGACAUCUGCUCCCUGUAUGCAGAGGGCUCCACCAACGGUUUCAUCAGCACUCUGGGGCUGGUAGAUGACCGCUGUGUGGUACAGCCCGACACAGGGGACCUGAACAACCCCCCCAAAAAGUUCAGAGAUUGUCUGUUCAGGUUGUGUCCUAUGAACCGGUACUCUGCUCAGAAACAGUUCUGGAAGGCAGCGAAGCCCGGAGGAAACAGCACCACAGACACGGUCCUCCUCAACAAACUACACCAUGCAGCAGAUUUGGAAAAGAAGCAAAACGAUUCAGAAAAUAAAAAGUUGCUUGGAACGGUGAUUCAGUAUGGGAACGUCAUUCAGCUCCUCCAUCUGAAGAGUAACAAGUACCUGACAGUGAACAAGCGUCUGCCUGCCCUGCUGGAGAAGAAUGCCAUGAGAGUGAUGCUGGACACAGCCGGGAACGAAGGCUCCUGGUUCUACAUUCAACCCUUCUACAAGUUGCGCUCCAUAGGAGACAGUGUGGUGAUAGGGGACAAGGUGGUCCUGAACCCUGUGAAUGCUGGCCAGCCCCUUCAUGCCAGCACCCAUCAACUAGUGGACAACCCAGGAUGUAACGAGGUGAACUCGGUCAACUGUAACACCAGCUGGAAGAUCGUGCUGUUCAUGAAAUGGGGUGACAAUCAGGAGAUCAUUCUAAAAGGGGGUGACGUGGUGCGCCUGUUCCAUGCAGAGCAGGAGAAGUUCCUCACCUGUGACGACCACCGGAAAAAACAAUAUGUCUUCCUGCGCACCACUGGACGCCAGUCUGCUACCUCGGCAACUAGCAGCAAAGCCUUAUGGGAGGUGGAGGUGGUGCAGCAUGAUCCAUGUCGAGGUGGAGCUGGCUAUUGGAACAGUCUGUUUAGGUUCAAACACCUGGCCACUGGACACUACCUGGCUGCAGAGAUGAACCCCGACUAUGAGGAAGAGCGCCUGGAGUUCCGCUCCUCUCUGGACUCUGAGCAGGUGGACCUCCGCGCCCGCCUCAGGAACCCCCAGGAGAAGGUCAUGUACACCCUGGUGUCUGUCCCUGAUGGCAAUGACAUCUCCUCCAUUUUUGAGCUGGACCCAACCACUCUGAGAGGGGGUGACUCCCUAGUACCCAGGAACUCGUACGUGAGGCUCAGACACCUAUGCACCAACACAUGGGUCCACAGCACCAACCACCCCAUCGACAAGGAGGAGGAGAAACCUGUCAUGCUACGCAUUGGCACGUCUGCACUGAAAGAAGACAAAGAGGCUUUUGCCAUCGUACCUGUUUCGCCCGCCGAAGUCAGAGACCUGGACUUUGCCAACGAUGCCAGUAAAGUGUUGGCCUCCAUCGCAGGCAAACUGGAGAAGGGCACCAUCACUCAGAACGAGAGAAGGGCGGUGACCAAGCUUCUGGAGGACCUGGUGUUCUUUGUGGUGGACAUCCCCAACAAUGGCCAGGAUGUUCUGGAGAUCAUGGUCAACAAGCCCAACAGAGAGAGACAGAAACUCAUGAGGGAACAGAACAUCCUCAAACAGAUCUUCAAGUUACUGCAGGCUCCAUUCACAGACAGCGGGGAUGGGCCCAUGCUGCGAUUGGAGGAGCUGGCUGACCAGCGCCACACACCCUUCAGACACAUCUGUCGCCUGUGUUACCGCGUGUUACGCCACUCUCAACAGGACUACCGCAAGAACCAGGAGUACAUAGCCAAGCAGUUUCGCUUCAUGCAGAAGCAGAUCGGUUAUGAUGUUCUAGCUGAAGACACUAUCACAGCCCUGCUCCACAACAACCGCAAGCUGCUGGAGAAGCACAUCACUGCUGCAGAGAUAGACACCUUCGUCAGCCUCGUCAGGAAGAACCGGGAGCCCAGGUUCCUGGACUACCUGUCUGACUUGUGUGUGUCUAUGAACAAGUCUAUCCCUGUAACCCAGGAGCUCAUCUGUAACGCAGUCCUGGACCCCACCAACGGAGACAUCCUCAUAGAGACUAAAUUGGUGCUGUCAAGGUUUGAGAUUGAGGAAGCGUCCAUCGGAGAGAACUCAGUGGAGUCUGAGGAGGACGAGGAGGAGGUGUGGCUAUUCUGGAAGGACAGCAGUAAGGAGAUCAGAAGUAAGAGCAUCAGAGAACUUGCCCAGGAUGCCAAGGAGGGCGCCAAGGAGGACCAAGAGGUGGUCAGCUACUACAGGUACCAGCUGAACCUGUUUGCGCGGAUGUGUCUGGAUCGUCAGUAUUUGGCCAUCAAUAAGAUCUCUGGCCAGCUGGACGUGGACUUGAUCCUGCGCUGCAUGUCUGAUGAGGACCUGCCUUACGACCUGCGCGCUUCCUUCUGCCGAAUGAUGCUGCACAUGCAUGUGGACCGCGACCCCCAGGAACAGGUCACGCCUGUAAAGUAUGCCCGCCUCUGGUCUGAGAUCCCCUCUGAAAUCGCCAUUGACGACUAUGACAACGACGGUACAUCCAAGGAUGAGAUCAAGGAGCGUUUUGCCCUGACCAUGGAGUUUGUCGAGAACUACCUAAGAGACGUGGUGUGUCAGAGCUUCCCAUUCUCCGACAAGGAGAAGAACAAACUCACCUUCGAGGUAGUGAAUCUAUCCAGGAACCUCAUCUACUUUGGCUUCUACAACUUCAGUGACCUGCUGAGGCUAACCAAGAUCCUACUGGCCAUCCUGGACUGUGUCCACGUCAGCACCAUCUUCCCCAUCAACAAGCUGGAGAAGGGAGACGAGACUAAAGGCAGUAACGUGAUGCGCUCCAUCCAUGGAGUGGGGGAGCUGAUGACCCAGGUGGUCCUGAGAGGAGGGGGUUUCCUGCCCACCAACCCCAUCAACCCCCCCAACGGGGACCAGGUCAAGACACAAACAGAGCCGGAGAAACAGGACAUCCUUGUCAUGGACACCAAGCUCAAGAUCAUAGAGAUACUACAGUUCAUUCUGAAUGUGCGACUGGACUACCGGAUCUCCUGUCUGCUGUGUAUCUUUAAGAGGGAGUUUGAUGAGAGCAACUCCCAAUCUGAUCUGUCUAUAGCAGGAACCCACGAGGGACCAAACAACAUGCCAGGAGCUCUGGACUUUGAGAACAUAGAGGAGCAGGCAGAGGGGAUAUUUGGUGGAAGUGAGGAGAACACCCCGUUGGACCUAGAUGACGAUGGUGGUAGGACCUUCCUGAGGGUCCUGCUCCACCUGACCAUGCAUGACUACCCUCCCCUGGUGUCUCGAGCCCUCCACCUGCUCUUUAGACACUUCAGCCAGAGACAGGAGGUUCUACAGGCCUUCAAACAGGUCCAGUUGCUGGUGACCAGUCAGGAUGUGGAGAACUACAAACAGAUCAAGUCAGACCUGGACCAGCUACGCUCCAUUGUGGAGAAGUCUGAGCUGUGGGUCUACAAGAGACUGGGGCCAGACGAGGGCAUGGACACUGGGGAACACUCUGCCGAUUCUCAACACAAGAAGGGUGAAUCCAACUCAAGUGGCUCAGACAAACCAAAGAAACCAGAGAGCACCAGCAGCUACAACUACAGAGUGGUGAAGGAGAUUCUGCUGCGUCUCAGCAGGUUGUGUGUUCAGGAGAGUCUGUCCGGCAGGAAGAGUAAGAAGCAGCAGCAGAGACUCCUCAGGAACAUGGGGGCCCACACCGUGGUGCUGGAGUUACUGCAGAUCCCCUAUGAGAAGGGGGAGGAUGUGCGUAUGCAGGAGAUCAUGAAACUGGCCCACCAGUUCCUGCAGAACUUCUGUGCAGGGAACCAGCAGAACCAGGCCCUGCUUCACAAACACAUCAACCUGUUCCUCAACCCUGGGAUCCUCGAGGCAGUCACCAUGCAGCAUAUCUUCAUGAAUAACUUCCAGCUGUGCAGUGAGAUCAAUGAGCGAGUGGUGCAGCACUUUGUCCACUGCAUCGAGACGCAUGGCCGCAACGUCCAGUACCUCAAGUUCCUGCAGACCAUCGUCAAGGCCGAGAGCAAGUUCAUUAAGAAGUGUCAAGACAUCGUCAUGGCUGAGCUGGUGAAUGCUGGUGAGGAUGUGCUGGUGUUCUACAACGACCGUGCAUCCUUCCAGACCCUGGUGACGAUGAUGCGGUCAGAGCGGGACCGGAUGGAUCAGAACAGUCCUCUGAUGUACCACAUUCACCUGGUAGAGCUGCUGGCUGUCUGCACUGAGGGAAAGAACGUCUACACUGAGAUCAAAUGUAACUCUCUGCUGCCUCUGGAUGACAUAGUGAGGGUAGUCACCCACGAGGACUGUAUUCCUGAGGUGAAGAUAGCCUACAUCAACUUCCUGAACCACUGCUAUGUGGACACAGAGGUGGAGAUGAAGGAGAUCUACACCAGCAACCACAUGUGGAAGCUCUUUGAGAACUUCCUGGUGGACAUCUGCAGGGUGUGCAACAACACGAGUGACCGCAAACACGCCGACACAGUCCUGGAGAGCUACGUGACCGAGAUAGUCAUGGGAAUCGUGACCACCUUCUUCAGCUCACCCUUCUCCGACCAGUCCACCAGCCUGCAGGCCUCACUUUUGGGGAAAAGGAUAGAGACCAGACAGCCUGUGUUUGUUCAGCAGUUACAGGCAGUGUUCAGAGUGUAUCACUGUAACUGGCUGGUCCCAGUUCAGAAGGGAUCAGUGGAGAGCUGUAUCAAGGUGCUGUCUGACGUGGCUAAAGGGCGAGCCAUCGCCAUCCCAGUGGAUCUGGACAGCCAGGUGAACAACCUGUUUGUGAAGUCCAACAACAUCGUCCAGAAGACAGCAAUGUCCUGGAGAAUGUCUGCCCGCAAUGCUGCCCGCAGAGACUCUGUACUGACCGCUUCACGAGACUACAGGAACAUCAUUGAGAGACUGCAGGACAUAGUGUCAGCUCUAGAGGACCGUCUGCGUCCGUUGGUCCAGGCUGAGCUGUCUGUUCUAGUGGAUGUGCUGCAUCGGCCAGAGCUGCUCUUUCCGGAGAACACAGACUCCCGCAGGAAGUGUGAGAGUGGCGGAUUCAUCUGCAAGCUGAUCAAACACACCAAGCAGCUGCUGGAGGAGAAUGAGGAAAGGCUGUGUAUCAAAGUCCUGCAGACCCUCCGAGAGAUGAUGACCAAAGACCGAGGAUACGGAGAGAAGCUCAGAUCCUUUAAUGAUGAGAUGGAUAUGCCAGAGCAGCUGGAUCUCAACCAGCCACAGAAAAUACUGGACGACCAGAGGAGGGGUGAGGCGCUGAGGCAGAUUCUGGUCAACCGUUACUAUGGUAACUUCCAUAGUAGGAGUGCUGGGCGGAGGGACAGCCUAACGGCCUUCAGCAACGCAACCCUGGUUCCAGUAGGACCCGGCAAGAGCCAAUCAGGUCUCGGUGGUAUGGGGGCCCUGAGUCGAGGCGAGAUGAGCCUGUCAGAGGUACAGUGUCACCUGGACAAGGAGGGAGCCUCCGACCUCGUCAUAGACCUCAUCAUGAACACCACCAGUGACCGCGUCUUCCAGGAAAGCAUCCUAUUGGCCAUCGCCCUGCUGGAGGGCGGGAACACCACCAUCCAACGUUCCUUCAUCUGCCGUCUGACGGAGGACAAGAAGUCCGAGAAGUUUUUCCGUGUGUUCUAUGACCGGAUGAAGCUUGCCCAGCUGGAGAUUAAAGCCACGGUGACGGUCAACACCAGUGACCUCGGCAACAGGAAGAGAGACGACGACGCCCCCGACAAGGAUGUGCCCGUCCGCAAGAAAGCCAAAGACUCAGCGGUACUGGUGACAGAUGAGGCGAGAGAGCAGCUGCUGGAGGCCUCGUCGGCCACUAAAAAAGCCUUCAACUCAUACCGCCGUGAGGCCGACCCCGAUGACCACUUCUCUACGGCUGAUGGCACACCCAGCACCGGGGACAAGGGCCAGGACGAUGGAGAGAUGAGCUUUAUCAUUGUCAUCAUGCAGCCUAUCCUGCGCUUCCUCCAGCUGCUCUGUGAGAACCACAACCGAGACCUGCAGAACUUCCUUCGGUGUCAGAACAACAAGAACAACUAUAACCUGGUGUGUGAGACGCUGCAGUUCCUGGACUGUAUCUGUGGCAGCACCACAGGAGGCCUGGGGCUACUAGGACUCUACAUCAAUGAGAAGAACGUGGCUCUCAUCAACCAGACAGUAGAGAGCCUGACAGAGUACUGCCAGGGACCCUGCCAUGAGAACCAGAACUGCAUAGCCACCCAUGAGUCCAACGGCAUUGACAUCAUCAUCGCUCUGAUCCUGAAUGACAUCAACCCGCUGGGGAAGAAGAGGAUGGACCUGGUGCUGGAACUCAAGAACAAUGCCUCCAAGCUGUUGCUGGCUAUCAUGGAGAGUCGCCAUGACAGUGAGAACGCUGAGAGAAUCCUGUACAACAUGAGGCCGAAGGAGCUGGUGGAGGUGAUCAAGAAGGCCUACCUGCAGGGAGAGGUGGAGUUUGAGGAUCCCGAAGAGGAGGACGAUAGUGGGGAGGAAGAGGAGCAUGAUGCUGCAUCCCCCAGGAACGUAGGCCACAACAUCUACAUCUUGGCCCACCAGUUGGCGCGCCACAACAAGGAGCUGCAGGUGAUGCUGAAGCCAGGCGGGACCAACGGAGAGGGAGACGAGGCUCUGGAGUUCUACGCCAAACACACUGCUCAGAUAGAGAUCGUGCGUCAUGACCGCACCAUGGAGGAGAUAGUGUUUCCUGUGCCCAACAUCUGUGAGUUCCUGACCUGUGAGUCCAAACUGAGGGUGUAUUACACCACAGAGAGGGACGAGCAGGGCAGCAAGAUCAACGACUUCUUCCUCAGCGCUGAGAACCUCUUCAAUGAGAUGAACUGGCAGAAGAAACUACGAGCCCAGCCUGUGUUGUACUGGUGUUCCAGAAACAUGUCAUUCUGGAGUAACAUCUCCUUCAACCUGGCCGUCCUCAUGAACCUGAUGGUGGCCUUCUUCUAUCCCCUGGAAGGGUUGCGUGAAGGUACCCUGGAGCCCCAGCUGUCUGCCCUGCUCUGGUUGGGUAUGUUGGCAUCGUUGGCUAUCGUGGUGGCCAUGCCCCAGCACCUUGGGGUUCGCACCCUCAUCAUUGCCACCAUCCUCCGUCUCAUCUUCUCUGUGGGCCUGGAGCCCACCCUCUUCUUGCUUGGAGCCUUUAACGUCUGUAAUAAGAUCAUCUUCUUGAUGAGUUUUGUGGGGAACAAAGGGACGUUCACACGGGGCUACAAGGCCAUGAUCCUGGACGUUGAGUUCCUCUACCACCUCAUGUACCUCAUCAUCUGUAGCCUGGGGGUCUUCGUUCAUGUCUUCUUCUACAGCCUACUGCUCUUUGACCUGGUGUACAGGGAGGAGACUCUACUGAACGUGAUAAAGAGUGUGACCCGUAACGGUCGCUCCAUCGUGCUGACAGCAGUGCUGGCCCUCAUCCUGGUCUACCUGUUCUCCAUCGUGGGGUACAUCUUCUUCAAGGAUGACUUCAUCCUGGAGGUGGACCGCAUCCCCAACACCACUCUGGAGAACGGGGUCAGUAUGCCCAAUAAGCUGGUGUCUGAUGGGAUGUGUCAGUCUGAGAGUGGAGAGAACAACUGCACCACAGAGCUUCAAGUGGAUGACUUGUUGGAUGACAUGGAGGAUGGCAAGGAGCGUACAUGUGACUCUCUGCUCAUGUGUAUCGUCACUGUGCUGAGCCACGGCCUGAGGAGUGGAGGGGGGGUGGGAGACGUCCUGAGAAAGCCCUCCAAAGAGGAGCCUCUGUUUGCGGCCAGGGUGAUCUACGACUUGCUCUUCUUCUUCAUGGUCAUCAUCAUCGUCCUCAACCUUAUCUUCGGAGUCAUUAUCGACACCUUUGCAGACCUGAGGAGUGAGAAACAGAAGAAGGAAGAGGUCCUGAAGACCACCUGCUUCAUAUGCGUGUGUGUGUGUGCAUGUGUGUGUUUCCUCACAGGUCUGGAGAGAGACAAGUUUGACAACAAGACGGUGACGUUUGAGGAGCACAUCAAGGAGGAGCACAACAUGUGGCACUACCUGUUCUUCAUAGUGCUGGUCAAAGUGAAGGAUUCCACUGAGUACACUGGCCCCGAGAGCUACGUCGCUGAGAUGAUCAAGGAGCACAAUCUGGACUGGUUCCCACGGAUGCGUGCGAUGUCGCUGGUGAGCAGUGACGCGGAAGGCGAACAGAACGAGAUCAGAAAUCUGCAAGAGAAGCUGGAGUCAGCCAUGAGGCUGGUAUGCAAUCUGUCUGGACAGCUCACGGAGCUCAAGGAGCAGAUGACAGAGCAGAGGAAACAAAAGCAGAGGAUUGGACUCCUGGGCCACCCCCCUCACAUGAACGUCAAUCCCCAGCAGCCAGCCUGAGGAGAACCGUGGGGUGGGUACCACCUCCUCCACCCAGGACCCUUACCCAGGACCCUAACCCAGGACCACUCACAUGAAGGAGAUCCUGACGUUACAGUGCCUUCUUCUGACAGUCAAUGUAGUGUACAGGAGUAUGCCAAAGUGUGUUUGUACAGUAGUAGUGUGCCUGACUCAUGGGCUUUAGAGAGUGAGUAUGUACAGUAUGAAGGAAUUUGUGUGUAGAAUGCCUUAAUGAACACUUAGUGUUUAUGAAACUAGUGCACAUUAGGAGAUGGGGCAUAUGCAUGUAGUGUACGUGAGUGUGUCUAUGUACUGUGCACAUGAGUUUGAGUGGGUGGGUGAGGAAUGUAAAGAGUGUGCAAAAAGUGCCCCUGGACUUGAGAAGAAGGAACCAGUCAUGUAAGUUUAGGUUGUAAAAAUUACUCAAGUGAAAAUGCCUUAGGUUGUCUUACUACCCUUAAUGCCUUGUCCAUCUUCCUUACCACUUUGAAUGGGUGACAAAGGUUCUACUCCCCCAUUGGUCUUGAUGUAUUUGGUGAACUUGAAGGCUCAGCCAAUUGCAACACAAGACUCUUGAGACACAACACUCUCGUGUUGAAGGACGCUUUCCUCUUUUUUAUAUAUUUGUAACCUGGCAAACAGUAUUUAAUAUCUUAUUUUUGUACGAGGUGCAAUACCAAUACUUUACGAUAUGCAACCACAAAGAUGUUUAAUCUUUACAUUAUGUCUGUUGGAGAUGGUAUGAGGUUUUUUUAGAUGGCUUUGUUAUUUUAUUUAUAUACAGUACCUUCAGAAAGUAUUCAUACCCCUUGACUUAUUCCACAUUUUGGAAUAAGUCAAGGGGUAUGAAUACUAAAUUCUAAAUGGAUUGUUUUUGUUUUUCUUACCCAUCUGCACACAAUAUCCCAUUAUGACAAAGUGAACAUUAUUUUUGUCAUUUUAGCAAAUUUAUUGAAAAUGAAAUACAGAAAUAUCUCAUAAGUAUUCACAGUCCUGAGUCAAUACUUUGUGGAAGCACCUUUGGCAGCACUUACAGCAGUAAGUCUUUAUGGGUAAGUCUCUUAAGAGCUAUCCACACCUGGAUUGUGCAACAUUUGCCUGUUAUUCUUGUAAAAUAAAUAUCAAGCUCUAUCAAAUUGGUUGUUGAUAAUUGCUAGACAACCAUGCUCAGGUCUUGCCUUUUUGGUAAGCAACUCCAGUGUAGAUUUGUCUGGUAGAAAGCAGACUGAACCAGGUUUUCCUUUAGGAUUUUGCCUUUGCUUAGCUCCAUUCCAUUCAUUUUUUUAUCCUGAAAAACUCCCCAAUCCUUAAUGAUUACAAGCAUACCCAUAACGUGAUGCAGCCACAACUAUGCUUGAAAAUAUGGAGUGGUACUCAGAAAUGUGUUGUAUUGGAUUCUCCCCAAACAUAACUUUAUUCAGGACAAAAAGUGAAUUGCUUUGUCAGUUUUUUUGCAGUAUUACUUUAGUGCCUUGUUGUAAACAGGAUGCAUGUUUUUGAAUAUUUAUAUUCUGUACAAGUGUCCUUAUUUUCACUGUGUCAAUUAGGUUGGUAUUGUAGAGUAACUACACUUUGUUGAUCCAUCCUCAGUUUUCUCCUAUCACAGCCAUUAAACUCUGUAACUGUUUUAAAGUCA